AUGGUUGGCUUGGUAUCUCGUUCUGGAAGGGAGAUGCAAAGAUACAAUAGUAACGGCGGUCGCCAAGUUGUGGGGUGCAUACCAUACAAAUAUAAACAAAACAUUGAUGGCAGUAUGAGCAAUGAAUUGGAGGUACUUCUUGUUACUUCACAAAAGACUCCAACGUUCAUGUUUCCAAAGGGAGGAUGGGAACUUGAUGAAUCUUUAGAAGAAGCAGCAUGCAGAGAAUCACUUGAAGAAGCUGGAGUUAUAGGAAUUGUUGAACAUGAGUUGGGUGAAUGGAGUUUCAUUAGCAAAAGAUAUGGUAUAUACUAUGAAGGUCACAUGUUUCCCUUACUUGUUAAGGAACAACUUGACAUCUGGGCUGAGAAAAAUCUACGUACAAGAUUAUGGAUGAAUGUUGUUGAAGCAAGAGAUGCUUGUCAGCAUUGGUGGAUGAAGGAAGCAUUAGAUAUACUUGUUCAUAGACUAAAUCUUUACCAAAAUAAUAACGACACUUAUAAUUAA